GGACAGUGGGAGUCCCAGGUGGGAAUUGCAGCCCCACCUCGUGUGCCCCAGCAGGUCCCCACGCCGGCACCGCUCCAGCUCCUCAUCGCCGGCGCGGCCCAAGGAGCGUCGGGAUGAGGAGAAGAAGGAGCUCAAGGACUCCAAGAAGGAGCGGCAGAUCACAGAGGAAGAUUUGCAGGGCAAGACAGAGGAGGAGAUCGAGAUGAUGAAGAUGAUGGGUUUUGCCUCCUUUGAUACCACCAAGGGGAAGAAGGUGGAUGGCGCUGCCAAUGCCUACGCCAUCAAUGUGUCCCAGAAGAGGAAGUACAGGCAAUACAUGAACAGAAAAGGAGGAUUCAACAGGCCCCUGGAUUUCAUCGCCUGACACUGGGACACGGCUCCCACCACGGAAGAAUUUCGCUUCCCUGCACUCUCCUGGGAGAGCUCUGAUGCUGGAUUUGGAAUUGGUGUUAUUCCCAACAAAUUCCACAGCCAGAGCCAGCAGGAGUUUCCAUUUCCCAAACUUUUGUUAUUAUUUUUCUUACAACCAAAGUCAGUUUCUGGCUGGGAUUUUGCUGUGUUUUCCCUGUUUUUGGGUGUGUUUCCCUGUUAAUAAAACCCCAGAUGUAUUUUUUCCUUUAA